AUGAAUUCCGUACCAAUUGCGUUGAACAAGGCUGCUAUGCGCAAAUAUGAGGACCUAGAAGUACCUUGUGAUGACGUCCUGGCGGCUUAUGUGUGGGUGGAUGGCACAGGAAUUAAUCUUAGGUCUAAAGACAGGACAUUUGACUUCGUGCCGAAGACAAAUAAGGAUUUGCCCAUUUGGUACUUCGAUGGAAGCAACACAGCGCAGGCUAGCUCUGACAACUCUGACACGUUUAUCUUCCCAGAAGUUAUUUAUCACGACCCCUUCCGACGGGGCAGUCACAUACUCGUAUUAGCCGAUACUUAUCAACAUAAUUAUCAACCUACUUCAACGAAUUUCCGCAAAGGCUGUGUUAUUCUGACUGAAAAGGCUGACGUGGAAGAGCCCUGGUUCGGCUUCAACCAGGAAUUUUUUUUGACCACUACCGACUCGAGACCUCUCGGCUGGCCUCCUGGUGGAUUCCCAGCUCCACCUGGACCAUACUAUUGUGCGAUUGGAGCUAAUAAAAUCGUCGCUAGAGAUUUAAUGGAAGCUUUUUACAGAUGUUGCCUUUACGCUGGAAUACAUCUGAACGGUAUAAAUCCUGGCACUACGCCAUCGCAGUGGAACUUCCAGGUGGGCCCGAGUCCUGGAAUACGGGCAGCUGACGACCUCUGGAUGGCCAGAUACAUCCUCGCCAGACUAGCUGAAGAAUACGGUACCGUUGCCACAUUUGAACCACAACCAAUAGAAGACUGGCCUGGAAACGGCACUUUUGUCUAUUUCUCUUCAAAGGAUAUGAGAGAAGAGGAUGGAAUAUUGUAA